UAAAGAAGUUAGAAAUGAAGCUAAAGCCCCACAGAUCUGAAUUAUCCACAAAAAACUCAUCAACUGGCUGCAAGCAGCUCACCAUUACCGGAUUCUCUCUCUCUCUCUCUCUCUCUCUCUCUCUCUCUCUCUCUCUCUCUCUCUCUCGUUUCCAAACACCACGAGGCCUGUGCGAUUUCUCCCCAGGUUUGGCGUGUCCACGCGGCCACCAGUAUGAUAACAGCGUUGUCAUCAGCAUUUUCCGAGUGGAUGCUCAUCUUUAUGUUAUUUAUAGAUGGUGGUUUUGGUUAUUUAAUCACCAGGUUUGCCCAAUAUUGUCACUUGCAAACCCCGUGUUGGUUCUGCUCGAGGCUGGAUCAUGUUCUGGGCAAGGAAAGAUCAUGCUCUUACUGGGAUUUGAUCUGCUGCAACCAUAAGUCGAUGAUCUCUUCCCUGGUUCUUUUCCGUCUUCACAAUAACGCUGUUGAUGCUCAUGUAAGGUGUGACAGCUGCCCCUCCUCAUCGGAAACAGUAAAUAAAUCAAACACCCAGACGCAUGAAUUGCUGGUGGGGGGAAUAGGUGCAGAAAGUCACCUUCUUGUUGACCAGACUCUUUUGAGAGAGAGCCUUUGCCUGGAGGAGCUGUCUGUUUCUAACGGUUUUGCCCAAAAGUUGCUUCCAAUUAAAUAUGAUAGGCCCCAGGCAGCUGAUCGACUUGAUUCACCUUUACCUGUGAAGAAUACGGAUGGUGAAAAAGGUAUAGGUAACACUGAUUCAGGUGCUGCAAUUUCAUUAGAUGAUGAUUGUGCUGAUCUUCUUUUCCCCUCAAUUCCUGAAGGGGAUAAUUUUGAACAAGAUUUGAUCAAUUCACGUAUUCUUCCUGAACGUCAUAGUAUUACUAUUUCGGAGGAGUUGUCAUCUGAGAAAUUGAUCCAUCAAUCUUCAGUGCCAUUUUUAGUUUCAGAAGUACAGUUGGAAGCUGACCGAGGUUCCGCUUCCAAUGAAGUCUCAGCUGAAGAUGUUGACAGUGGUUCAAUUGAAAUCAACUCGAGGCAAGCUGAGCAUGGUGAACUCAUAUCUGAGGACCUUCCAUUGCCAUUUGCCAUCACAACUCGUCAUAAUAUGCCGGGAGAACCUUCUGAUGCAACAAUGACAGGUAAGUUGAACAAGGAAAUGCCGCCUAAGACGGAGAGUGAUUGUUUCAUGUCAAGUGAACCCUUGUUGGAUUCUAAGCCAGAUAUAGCUCAUACUACUAGUAGUACACAUAGGGCAGCACCAUCUUUAGAUUUAGGCGAUGCUUAUAAGCUGGCCACUAGUAGCAGGGUCAUGGCUGUUAGGCAACUCUCAGGAAAGUUUUUAAAGCAGUUGUCUUUGAAGGGUUCAACACAAAACAGCGAAGACUUGAAACUUCUGCUAUCACACUUUUCUUCAUCACGGGGGAUUGAUUCAUCAUCAUCAUCAAAUGAUACCAUCACUAAACCGUCUCAACUUGAGAGAAACGAGUCUAAUAUCUCGCUCGAAGGAAGCAUGGUGAGUGAAAUCGAAGGAGAAAGUAUGGUUGAUAGGUUGAAACGACAGGUGGAGCAUGAUAGGAUAUUCAUGAGCGGGUUGUACAAAGAAUUAGAAGAGGAGAGAAGUGCUUCUGCAGUUGCUGCAAAUCAAGCAAUGGCAAUGAUUACUAGACUGCAAGAAGAAAAAGCAGCGCUUCAGAUGGAAGCUUUACAAUGCUUGAGAAUGAUGGAGGACCAAGCAGACUUUGACAAUGAAGCACUUCAAAAAGCGAAUGAAAGUAUUGCGGAGAUGGAGAAAACGAUACAAGACUUAGAAGUCGAGCUUGGAGUAUACAAAAAGAAAUAUGGUGAUAUUACUCUCUUGAAGGACAUUGAGGCUAGUUGUGAUUCAAGUAGUCUUAGGGAGUUGAGUUUAACUCUUGAUUUUGAAAAUGAAAAACUUUACAUCAAGAGAUGUUUAGAGAAAUCAGAAGAGAAGCUUCGUCUAUUCUCUAUCAUGGCCUCUACAGAUAGGGUUAACUAUGAUACUUCAGUAAAGGAAUGGGUUAAAUUGAGUAAUAAUUACACAGAAGUUCAGCAGAAAGAGGAUUUUCAAGAAAAUAGUGAAAUAGAAGGUAGUCGUUUCCAACUAGAUGCAAUGAAAGAAAAAGCAAUGCCUUCUUCUCAAGAAUUAUCUGCAUUACCACUCGGCGAUGCUGAAUAUGAUGAAAUUAAAACAGGGGGCGAAAGCAAACCCAGACACUCAGCUGAAAGUAUUGACUUGGAUAAACUAAGCAAUAAGCUGUCUACUAUGACUGAGAGACUAAAACAGCUAGAGGAAGAGUAUAACACAAUUCAGCAUUCCAUCAACUCACUCCGAAAUGGGGAAGAGGGGCUUAAAUUUGUACAGGAGAUAGCUGGUCACUGCGACAGUUGCAUUUAAGAAAAAGAUGUCCCUUCUUAUGAAAAGAUCUGUGGACUGGUAUGGCCAAGAAUUCGAAGAUAUACAUGAAUGGUGGAAAUCUCAAUCUAGUUUCACAAAAAUACAGAAUAUCCAGUUUGUUUGUACUUCUCUUUGUGACUAUAAUAUUUUAAUUUAUUUUUAUUUGUGGCUUGUACUUUAUUUUUUCUUUCUCUUGUAUUUCUGCGGAGUAUUAUUUAUUUAUUUAUUACCUUUACAGUCUACUCAUGCUUAUUUUUGUUCUUCUGUAAUUGAUUUGUAAAUAAAGUUUGGUUUGACAAUGGAGGCUAUUUAUAGAAUGUGUUUCGUUUGCUUCUACUUUUGAAGUUAUUUAUUUUAGAGAUUAUUCGAAAAACAAUUAAUAGUACGGUUUUGAUAAAACAAAGUCAGAGUGUUGGUAAAGAACUACUUUUUUUGUGUAAUAGAUGAAGUGAAAAAUUCCAGCUUUAAGUUUUAAAGUGAUUAAUUUAAAACACUAUUUUUAAGCUAAAAGCUGAAAAGUACCCUUUUUAAGCAAAGUAAAACACUCUCUUAGGCUUGUCUAUCUAAUAUUUAUAUAGUUUAUAUUACAUAAUUUGAUGGACGAGCUUUUUGAUAGACAAAACCUGGCCCGCCCCAAUCUGUUCCGCCUCUUUUUGAUAGACGAGCUUGGGCUGGCAUGGCUUGGUUUUUAGUUAGGUCUAGCCCGCCUCUGAAAACACUGAUCCUUUUGCGGGCUGAUCCAAAGCCAGCAAAAUGUCUUUUUGAACACUUGUAUGAAUAUCCUUGGAAAGUGGUCAUAGUGGAAUGCAAUCGAAUUUCCUUGGGAGUCCACUUUGACCUCUGUUUUUGAUUUCACUGGAAAAGCCAAUACUUUCCGAUAUUUUACGCGCAUAAGAGGGUGUUUGGAACUGAUUCUGAUUCUGCUUCCUUUUUAAAGCAGAAUCAGAAUCAGUUUUCAGAAGCUGGUCACCCCCAACUUCUAAAAAAACUGAUUCUAGGAGUAAAUUAGAGCACCAGAAUCACUUCUGCACUUUUACCCAAACACUCCAACUUCUGCU